AUGUAUAUUUAUGCUGGUAAAGACGAGCAAGGUAACACGGUCUCCGACCUAUUUAUGGUGAACCUACAAAAAUUACCUUAUACACCCCAUUUAGUGCUUAAUGGUAAUCAGCAGUCUUGUAACACCCGAAUGGUGUUGUUAAAAAGUCAACACUUUUGUGAUACCGCAUGUGGAAAAUUGCUUGUAUUUGGAAGAUACCUUAAUAACAAUAAUAAUAAUAAUAGCAGUAAUAAUAAAACGCCCCUACAGCAGCAGCAACAGCAGCAACAAAAUAAUAGUCCGGAAUCAACCUACAGCUUAUGGAUGUUAGACCUCGAUACACUAGAAUGGGAAAAGCAAGAAUGUGACGGACAUUUUGAAGUUGGCGGAUGGAACUAUUUUACAAUAAUAAAUGAAGCACAGAGUCAGAUAUCCAUUAAUAACCUUUUAUUUCUUGGCAACACUGAUCCUUAUAGACCCCAAGGAUACGAUCACUUUAGAGAUGCGCUUGUCAUACAUGGAGAAUCGCUGGGCUUAUAUGAUAUUGCUGAACCAAGGUUCUCAACUGAAUUUGUGCAACUAUUGAAUAGUCCAGAAUUAUCAGAUUUUUCAAUCGUGGCAGCUGAUGGCCAAGAGAUUUAUGUCCAUCAAGUCAUUUUGUUAACUCGUUGGCCACACUUUAAAAAUAUACAUAAAUCUGGUAUGUCAGAGUCAAUAGAAAGAAGAAUGACAAUACCAGAACCAUUUGAAGUGAUUAUGGCCUUCUUGAAAUUUCUUUACAGUGAUAGAUUGGACGAUAAUGAACCAUGGGAAGUUGUUUGUGAUUUAUUAGUAAUGGCCAAUAUGUAUUUGUUACAUCGCCUCAAGAAACUGUGCUGCGAAAGAUUAUAUCGAAACCACAUGACAAUAGAGAGCUGUGGAUUAAUAUUCGAAAAGGCCAUCAUGGCGGAAGAAGUUGGGCUCAAGUUACUUGUGCUGAGCUUUAUGUUUCAAAAUUACGGCUCUAUACUUAAAUCAAAUAUGCUGAUGGAAUUGCCUCAUUCAAUAAGAGAAGAGUUUUUGGAUUCUGUGCCAGAAGAGGCGGUAUUAGAAGUUGGAAGAUCAAGACAAUAUCAGCAGCCAACGAUAUAUAAUAAUAAAAUUAAUUUGAGCAAGACAGUGUCAACUCCUCUUUAUGGAGCUAUGAACGAUUAG